AUGAAGGCACUGCGCUGCGUGUUGUUUGUGUGUGUGCUCCUUGUGUGGUGUGGCUGCGGGUGCGCUGCGGCGGGUGCUGAGCGUGGUCCUUGCAAGGCUGAAGGCACACAAGAGUGUCCGCCUUCCGAAGAUCCUGAGUCUCCUGGGCCUGGUGGACCUAAGGGAUCUUCUGGCGAUGCUGGAUCACUGGAAAUGAGGAGCCCUCCGCGUUCCUGCCUGAACGCUAAUGGUGAAGAGAACUCGACUUGCGAAGGGGAAACGGAGCGUGAAGAUAGGAGAACCCUGCCCAAGGUUACUUGCACUCCGUCUGAUGGGAGAGGAGAGGGUGCCAAUGCUUGCCAACAAUCCGAGAAAAAGAUUAAGGGUGAAGAAAACGGACAGAGUACCGCUGUUUCCAGUACCGUGGAGGGCCGACUACAGGAGCCGGUCGCGGUUUCGUUGUGCAGCGGGUCUGACGACAAGUCUAAAAGCAAAGAGGCGUGUAAGGCCAAGACGCCUGAGGUUGGGAAGGAUGGCGUCCGCACUGCCAAAGCUGAUACUGGUGCUCACGGGCCAACAGGGCCUGCAGGGCCUAAUGGCUCAAAGCGUAGUGAAGUAAGCGGACAAAACGGCAAUGAGGGACAAGCCGGUCAGUUGGAGAAUAAGUCUGUUGUGCCCUGCCCGACUGAUUUGGGUAGGUCUACCGAUUGCCCUGCUGCUGCUGCUGCUGCUGCGUUAUCACAACAUCAACAGCAGGAGAGCGGCCAGCCUGUGAAACCUGUUCCUGGCACGCUGAAGGCAGGAGGUCCCGACGUAAGCCCCACCGAAACGGAAAGGGAAGCGCAGAGCGCCCUAUCAAAGAAAGGUGAUGCCCCUGACCCUGGUGACGACGGCGACGCAGAGGGUCGUUGCAAGAAUGGUGAACCCAAGGAAUCUGGCGAGAAAUGCAAGGAGAGCAAAAUCCAGAUAAUCAACAAGCCAGACAAACUAAAGGGUGAGCCCCAAGCAAAAACUCCCCAAGCAAAAACUCCCCAAGCAAAAACUCCCCAAGCAAAAACUCCCCAAGCACCUGACAUAAAUGGGGGAGAUGAUAACCCUACCGGUGCGAAGAAUAAUGCCAAUGGCUCUGUUGUCUCAUCACCUGCAGGAAACACACCUGAGGCUGAGAGUGCUGCUGCCGAUCACCCCAAUGGGGAGUCUGUUGAAAGUCCUGCUCCGGCUACAGUCGAACAAGGUGAUGCCGUGCAAUCGCAGACAUCUUCCACCUCUACUUCCACGAGUGCCACGGAAGCCACAGGCAGCAGCCAGCCGAGCAGCAGCAGUCCGUCGACCGACAAGGGCCAAGACCCGAAGGCUGCGGACAGCAGCAGCG